UGUUACCUUCAUUUAAUAAUGAUAAUUUAGUAAACGCAUCGAAAUCGGACGUACCGGAUGCAGGGUGCAAAUGCGGCUUCCAUACACUCAUAGCCUCAGAUCAUUUCUCCAACAGAUCUAUUCCCUUCCCCGCACAAUCAUCGAACUCCAUCGCCAACCCCUGCCUGCCCUUCUUCUCGUUCUUUCUCGAAUUACAAUUUGUUGAAGGGAAGAAGAUGGUGAAAGUGGCCACGUUCUUUGCAAUGUCAUUGGGCGCCUUCGUAUUCUGGCAGUCAAUGGAUAAACUCCACGUUUGGAUCGCUCUCCGUCAAGACGAAAAGAAAGAGAGAUUGGAAAGGGAAGCAGAGAUCAGAAGAGUUAGAGAAGAGCUACUGCAACAAGCGAAACAGAACGACUCUCUUGCUUGACUUUCCCCUACCUUCUGUUGCUGCUAUCGGUAUCAAGUCGAUUGUCUGUUCUAGAACAAUGAUAAUGGGCUGGCUUAUAAAUUGUUGAUUACUCAUCUCUAUAACUUCACUGCUUAUCAAAUUGUAAACAAUGCUCAUUCCAAUUUGGAGCUUUGCUUUUUGAAUAAUUGAACUUUUCAUCAACCUGACUCA